AUGGCAGACACUACAGACAAUGGACACGACUCGAAUUCACUGAGGAGUGUUGGAGGGGGAUCCAUAGACCGGGCUAUGGCAGCGACAAGACUCACCGCCUCGUCCUCGUCCAACAUUUCCAAUUACGCCUCUAGCGUCUCAAGCGACAACCAAAGUCAGACUCACGCCCACAGCCAGAACCUGACAGGGAGUGGAAGCGGUAGUGGGGGUCUUCCUGGAACCCCCGUGAGCCGACGCUCAGGCGGAUGGGAUCGGCAAACUCUUUCCCCGGCCGCUGCUGCAAGGGUGCGACAUGAUGAUUCUACCAAUGAAGAUUAUGCUCCUCAUCAGUCAAGCAGUCUACGGCCCAGCAGCGAACUGUUGGAAGACUCUUCCGAUUCUUCAGAUGAAUACGUUUCGACCUAUAAACCAUUAAAGACUGCGUCGCGCUCAAAACGGUUCUUUCAGUCUAUGGUUAAUAAGUUGACUAAAUCUUCUGUUCGAUAUGGACACUUGCCAAACAACCAGGAAGAACAAGAUCGAAAUGUAAUUCAACACACUGCCAUUAUAAAUGUCUUCAAAGGACAACUCCAGUUAUCACCCAUCUCACCAAGACCAAAAAGGGCGCUUGAUGUAGGCACAGGGGGUGGAAUAUGGGCACUGGAAUUCGGCAAGUAA